AUGCAUUACUCAGGACUCUUCCAGUCGGCCGUUGCCGCCGCCAUGGUCGGCACGUCUCUCGCUGACAGCUGGGGCGGCUCCGUCUCCCUUGGCCCAACUACCUCUACCAUCAUCAAGGCUGUCACAACCCUCAUCCCUGGCGCAGCUCCUUCCACCCAGAACGGCGUCCUGUUCCUGUGGCCCGGCAUGUCCAACGGCACCGGCGACCUCGUCCAGACGACGCUCGAGUCGUGGGCCGACAACUCGUGGUGCGGCGCCGGCAAGGGCGAGUGGUGCGUGCGCGCCUCCCUCUUCGGCUCCUUCGGCCAGCUCGACGGCAACGCGAGCCCCGUGUCCGCGGACCAGAAGGUCAAGAUCGUCUACGAGCUGCUCGAGGACAACGACACGUGGCGCCAGACCGUCACCGACGCCGACACCGGCAAGGAGCUCAGCUCGUUCGAGCACAAGUCGGGCCCCUUCAUGCGCGGCUACGGCACCGGCACCGAGUGCAACAACAACUGCAGCCCCACCGUGGCUGAGCAGAGGUACAUCGACACCGAGAUCACCCUCGCCGGGGCGGAUGCUGCAUUUGGCAAGACCAUCGCCACCGCGCAGAAGGCUACCUACUCGGGCCUGUCCAACAGCCAGAACGGCAAGGUCUGGACUAUCAAGGAGAUCGUUGUGCCCAAGAUGGUCUAA